AUGUCAUCGAAGUCCUUGUCCGACAGAAUUAGCUACAAUGCCGCCAUCAGCAGCUGCAAGUUGCAGUGGAAACAUGCCUUGGCUCUGCUGACCUCCAUCUCCUUGGAGCAGAUGGAUCCCGACGAGAUCAGUUUCAAUGCCGCCAUCAGCGCCUGCGAGAAAUGCGGGGCUUGGGACGCGGCGCUCGCGAUUCUGGGUCUGGUAGCAACCAGCCGGCGGACCGGACCCGGUAUCAUCACUCUGAAUGCAGCCAUGAGUGCAUGUGAGAAGAGCCAUCGUUGGGCUGAAGUGUUGGAUCUUUUCAGCCGAAUGCAACUUUGGCAUCUCAGCCCUACAGAAAUAAGUUGGCAAGUGUUACUCGGUGCUUGCGAGAGGGCGACCCAGUGGCAAGCCGCCCUGCAAGUGUUGGACUGCAUGAUCUUUGACCAGGUCGUUCCGUCAGGAACGGCUGCAGGAUCCAUCCUUCACUCGCUUCGCCAGACAUCCACCGCAGCUUUGGAGACAGUAUUGUCGAGGCUGAAGAGCGUCUGGCUCGAACUGGGCGAUGUGCCAGAGUUGCCCAGGUCGCUCCAGGAGGAGUUCUCUGUCGUAGCCUCGGCCCCGGGGGUCUUCGCUGUGGCGAAACCCGAAGGUGUCAGCACGGAGCAGCUGGUGGAGCAGCUGGCAGUGCCACUCAAAGAACAUGGCUUUUGCCUUUCUGUGGUGUCGCGGCUUGAUCAACCGACCUCCGGAGUGUUGCCCCUUGUCUUGGGAGCGGAGACGUCCCCUUCCGGGCGAUGGUGUAAAGCGCAGUUUGCGGGGCGGCUGGUCGGCAAGCACUACAUCUGCCUUUGCGAGGGCAGAUCGUUGGGUGACGUUGGCAGCAAGGGGAACAUCUCGGUGCCUCUACGAUCGGUUCAAGUGGAUGCGGAAACUUGGAUUAGCGAGGUCUGCGGUCACGACGUCUCCGGGCGUGAUUCCUUCACUUCCUACGAAGUCAAGGGUCGAUAUUCCUCGCCGAGUAUGGGAGGGGACGAGUUGAUGCUGCUCCGUGUGCAGCCCAAAACUGGGAGGCGACACCAAAUUCGAGUGCAUUUUGCCAGCAUGGGGCGUCCGUUGGUUGGGGAUUUAACUUACGGUCGUCAGUCUGAGACCUUGAUGCCACAGUGCCUUCGCCUCUUUUUGCACUGUGCGGAGGUCCGUUUUUCGGCCCUCUUCGGUGCGUUUCAUGCUAGGGUCGAACUGCCCCAAGAGUUGAGGGAGUUGCUGGAGUCGCUGCGACCGGGAGAAAGUUCGACAGCAUGCCGGGCACACCAAAAGUGCCGGAAGCAAGCUUCAGACGUUGCCCGGGAAUUUGCGAAGAACAUUCCCAAGCCGAAGUUGGCGCCGAAGCAGGUAGUGGUCACAGCGACCAAGAUGGAAGAGGAAGAAGAGGUGGUACAGGAAGCCACCGACUGGGAGGAGAUUCGGCGGAGGGAGCGACAGCACAUGGAGGAUGCGGCCAAAGUCGCCCAGGUGAAGGAUUUCUUAGAGAGGCUGGCGGUUUGA